AUGGCAAAAGCUGGCCCCUCCAAAGAGAAGAAUCCUUUCAAAUCUGGCAGUGAAAGCGAGCAGUCUGACUCUCAAAGCGAGCACAGUCAAACUCCAAGCGACAAUGAGUCUCCUGCUGCGGCCACAACCUCCAAGAAGGAAUCAAAGGAGGAGACCAAAGGCGAUGACGGGAAGAAGAACAAAGGCCACUUCAAAAAAUAUUGGAAAUACUACGUCGUCGGAGUCGUUCUAGGACUUGCCAUCCUUCUACCCCUCUUCUUCAAGGUCUUCAUACCACUCAUCAUCGCCCGCUUCAUCAACUCCCGCAACAUCCUAGUCCAACAUGCCUCCGUCUACAUCCGAAGCUCCAGCGAGAUCGAUUUCGCCGCCAACGCGUCCGUCGCGUCGCCAAUGGCCGCCAGGGUGGGCGACCUCGAGUUCACCCUGCACGACAUGGCCGUGGAGCAGCCACCCACGGUGCUCACCGCUGACAUCAAGGGUUUCGACAUCCAAAAGGCGACCAAGAUCGACAUCCCCCAGGGAACGCUGCACGUCAACGACUCGGACGCGCUCAUCGCCUGGGCGGACCGCUUCAUCGACAGCGACAGCAUCCCAUUUGACGUGCGAGUCUCCGGCCUCGACGUCUUCCUCGGCCUGCUGCGCUACACCUUCAACCUCGCGCGGCCCAUCACCAUCAACGGCCUGCGCGGCCUCGCCGAUAUCACCCUCAACGACGUCGCCCUCGUGCUGCCGCCCGUCGACGACAAGAACGUGCGCGCCAACAUCAGUUUCUCCAACCCGAGCUCGCUGAGCGUCAAGGUCGGCAACGUGACCGUCGACCUCGCCGUGAACGACCUCCACAUCGGCCAGGCGCUGGCGUACGACGUCAGCCUGGUGCCGGGCACGACCAACGUGCACAUCGACGGGCUGGUGGACAUUCCGCUGAUCCUGAACAACCUGGGCGCCAUCAUCCGCGGGCAGGCGGCGCAGCUGCAGGCGGGCUACGUUUCGCUAAAGCUGCAGGUGACGGGCUUCAACAUGCACGGGGAGCAGAUUGACUUCUUGGGGGCGCUGCUCCGCAAGAGAGUGCUGGUUGCCAAGGUACCGCUGGUGGCGCUGAUCAACGGCGCCGGGACGAGCAUCAUCAAGAGCGGCCUGGUGGGCAUGGGGAUGGCGAACGGGACAACGAUGGGCGGGACGACGCUGCUGGAUGCCAUUGGGGACGUGUUUUCUAACAAGACGCUGUUGGAUCGGAUACAAGGGCACUGGGCCCGAAAACGAGCCCGUGACCAAUACAGAUAUACGCGCACUUAG